AAUGCCAAAUUUUAUCUUACACGAAGCAGCUAAAGACGGUUAUUUAGAACUGUUAAAUAGCGCUACAAGACGAGAAGCGAACCAAAAGGAUGAAGAUGGUAUGACGCCCCUUAUGUGGGCCUCAUCAAAAGGGAAUGUAGAAGCACUAAGAGUUCUUACAUCACGUGGAGCUAACGUAGAUAAAGCAGAUAACUCUGGAUGGACUGCACUACAUCAUUCGGUUGCUAAUGGCCAUGAGAAAUGCGUAGAAUAUUUAGUCAAUAUUGGAGCUAAUUUCUGGAAUUUAGAUAAUGAUUUAAGAACACCAAUGCAAUUAGCAGCUGUUUUUGAUCGAAUUGAAAUUGUUCGAUAUCUGGAUAUGAUUGUUGCUCAACAAUCAGCACUUCAUAAAAAUUCUGUAAGAAGCUUAAAAGAAGUCGCUGAGAAGAAAGCUAAGAAAAGAUUGAAAAGACGUGAAAAAGUUCUCGAAAAGUUAGAAAAGAAUCAAAAAGACCAGGUUAAGAAUAAGAACAAUAACUCAAAGGUUAUUGACGAAGGAAUUUUAAAGGAUGACUUAUCCGAAAGUUUUUCACAACAUGUGGGUCUCUCCAAUAAAGGUACUGUUAUUUCGAGGAUUUUUGCCGGAAAGAGUAAAAGUAAACAGCCUCUAAAUGGGACAACUAGAGAAAAGGUUACUCUCAAAAAGACUAAAACGGAAUUACAAGCCGAUGGAGCAAACAGUGCUUGUAGUGCGCCGGCGGAACUUGGGUCCAACGAGCAAACUUCAAGUCUAUUCGAAAGGCCUGGUUUGGGCUCUAUGAUUAUCAUAAAUAAAAUAAAAGCGUCACUUGACGGAGUAAACGAUGGAAGGGACGACGCAGAUAGUAUAGGUACAGCAAGGUCACUAGCAGUUCGACUUAACAACUUUCAAGCGGACGUAGAUGAUCAAGACCAGGACGAAGAAGAAGAGUGUUCUGCUUUAGAACUCUUUCUGGAAGUGAACAAUUUACAUGAGAUUCUUCCAAAAUUAACUCAAGAGCGCAUAGAGGCUAAGACCUUAAUAUCACUUGAGGAAAAAGAUAUAGAUGAAAUGGGAUUUCCUCUAGGCAUAAAAAAAAAAUUACUGGCUGCCAUAAAAGAAAGAAAGGAGUGUUUUAAAAAUUCGGCUAUUUUAAUAGACAAUCAACUGUAA